GAGUGACGUAAGGAGCAGAGGCCGGAGCUGUCCAUCAGCACCAAAGGCCGCGGGCGGGCUCAGGGCAUGGGGCCGCGGCUCUGGGGCAGCCCGAGCCCCUGCUCCUGCUCCUUUCCCUUCCCCGGGCCCAGCCUAAGUCCCCGGACGUCGCGGGACUGGAGUGCUAGCCGGUGUUGGAGGCGAAGCGGCGUCGCCGCCGCGCAGGGACCGGUCCCUCCGGCCCAGCAGCCCUCUUCCCCUCACCGCGGACUUUUACCGGACCCCAGUCAGCUGGAGCUUCUGGCGCCCGGCAACCCCGGACCCUCCGGCCCCUGCACAGCCUCUUUCGCUCAGAAGCUCAGGUCGCCUCCAGCCCAGGUAGAUCUUGGACUAUCCCAGAUUUAGCCGCCCACAGACCAGUCUCCUGGCUGCCUCCUCACCGGCAGCACACUGCCCUCAUCUCCCCCCUACCCCGUCCCCCUUUUAACUUCUUCAUCCCAGCACCCUCUAGCCAGGCACUUUUCCCCCUCUUUGUCUUUUGUCCCUCACUUCAGGGAUGCUCCCAGAGCUGUGCGAUGUGGGCACCACUCCUUUGUUCACUGUGUCCUUGCCUAGUUCUCCACUCCUCACCCUCAUCCUGGUGGAGACCCAGGACACUUCGUUGACCCCAACUUCCUCUCUGUCAGGCUGACGUGGGAGGGUGACUCCCUACUGUUCCCAGCACUAUGCCGGGCACUGUGGCGACACUUCGGUUCCAGCUGCUGCCCCCCGAGCCAGAUGAUGCCUUCUGGGGUGCACCCUGUGAACAGCCCCUGGAGCGCAGGUACCAGGCACUUCCAGCCCUCGUCUGCAUCAUGUGCUGUCUGUUUGGAGUCGUCUACUGCUUCUUCGGUUACCGCUGCUUCAAGGCAGUACUCUUCCUCACUGGGUUGCUGUUUGGCUCAGUGGUCAUCUUCCUGCUGUGCUACCGAGAGCGGGUGCUGGAGACGCAGCUGAGUGCCGGGGCGAGUGCAGGCAUCGCGCUGGGCAUCGGGCUGCUCUGCGGGCUGGUGGCCAUGCUGGUGCGCAGCGUGGGCCUCUUUCUGGUGGGGUUGCUGCUCGGCCUACUGCUCGCCGCUGCCGCCCUGCUGGGCUCCGCACCCUACUACCAGCCGGGCUCUGUUUGGGGCCCCCUGGGGCUGCUGCUGGGGGGCGGCCUGCUCUGCGCCCUGCUCACACUGCGUUGGCCCCGCCCGCUCACCACCCUGGCCACCGCCGUGACAGGUGCCGCGCUCAUCGCCACGGCUGCUGACUACUUUGCUGAGCUGCUGCUGCUGGGGCGCUAUGUGGUGGAGCGUCUGCGGGCCGCCCCCGUACCCCCCCUCUGCUGGCGGAGCUGGGCCCUGCUGGCACUUUGGCCCCUGCUCAGCCUGAUGGGUGUUCUGGUGCAGUGGCGGGUGACGGCCGAGCGGGACUCCCACACAGAAGUGGUCAUCAGCCGACAGCGCCGACGUGUGCAGCUAAUGCGGAUUCGGCAGCAGGAAGAGCGCAAGGAGAAGCGGCGCAAGAAGAGACCCCCAAGGGCUCUCCCGAGAGGCCCCCGGGCUCCUCCAAGGCCUGGGCCCCCUGACCCUGCUUAUCGUCGCAGGCCAGUGCCCAUCAAACGCUUCAAUGGAGACAUCCUCUCCCCGAGCUACAUCCAGAGCUUCCGGGACCGGCAGACAGGGAGCUCACUGAGCUCCUUCAUGUCCUCGCCCACAGAUGUGGACUAUGAGUACGGGUCCCGGGGGCCGCUGACGGCCUGCUCCGGGCCCCCUGUGCGGGUAUAGCAGUCUAGCUGCUCCUGCCCACCUACACUCAUCGGUCACCAGCUCUGCCAGCUUGGGGAGGCCAUGUUGGGCCAUGACUCAGCCCACCUGGCCCUGUAGCCUUUGGCUGUCCCUUUCCCCACCCUGGAGAGGGAUGGCCUGGCUGCCAGAAGGGAGGCCCUCUCUCAGGCUCGGCCUGGCCCGAGGGGAGAGCGCUCUCCCAAGUUCCUGACGGGCUCCUGAGGGACAUGAGUGUGAGCCCCGUUGGGGUGUGCUCAGGGUUGUGAGUGUGUCGCCUGUGUGUGCGUGUGUGGAGGGGGUGGGCUUGGAGGGGACACUGGGACCCUUGCCUUAGAUUUCUGACUGGUGGGGCUUCUCCAAGGGUGGCCCUGCCUCCUCUCUCACUGCUGGGGUCCUGUGGGCCACUCUCCUGCAUGUCUAAGUGGAGGAGGUCUGCCUCCUCCCCCGUCGCCUCCACCUCUCAGCCAGACUCAUCUAAGGCUUCUCGUCCUUGUCCACGGGGCAAACUGCAGCAGCCCUCACCCAGGUCCCCUGUCCUCUGCAAGCCACCAGCCUGAGGGCAGUGGCAGGAGGUGGGGGUGGGGGGUACUGCUCUAGGCUGGGUUAGGGAAGGGGGCUUAAAUGCACGGUGCAUGUCUGGUGUCUGUCAUGCCACCCUGGACACCUCAUGCCUCUGUCUCCCCCCCACCCCACCCCAUUUUACAUCUUUUAUAAAUGUGCCAAACUGUG